CUAAUACCUCCGACAAACGUACUGUCAGAAAAAACCACCUGCUCGUCAUCCCCCUCGCCCCACGACUAAUUAACGAGACCCCGCCCUCCACUUGUCACCUAUCCGCCUACAGCUACAAUGGCAGCCCGAUCGAGAGAAAAGCGUUCCGCGUCGGCCUCCAGAAUGUCUACAGCCGUCGGCACGACCAACAAAGCGAAACUUCGAUCGAAGGCAGCCCAAGCUUCACUUGACGUUCGGUCGGUGGAAAUCAGGGAAAUUCUCCAACGCUACCUUACUGAUAUGAAGAAAGACCAUGUAUGCCUGGUCAAGAACGUUCUAGCUGAAGCCCGGGCAGAUCUUGACUCUAGAUCUGUGUAUGGGAGUGAUGGAAAGGGCGGUCACCCAAAUAUCAUAUACGAUGACGUGUCACCGUUCAGUGAGAUGAAGAGCAUACAAAAACCGCUGCGCGAUACCGAUAUUUCAAAAAAGGACGGACUCUCAUUCAAAAUCAGACACUUCACGAAGCCUGGCCACGCAUCAACUGUGAAUGAAAUAUUUGUGCCAACUGUCCCGUGCAAGGUGACUCCAGGGACUCCGUUACCUCGAAAGUGCCGGGCCUACACAACCCUACGGAGCAACAUCAUCGCAGACAAUCAAGAGGAAAUGCGUUACCUGCCAUACUUCGGGGAGGAUGACAGCGAAAAGAAUCCUCUGACCGACUUGCAUCUCGGCGAGCUUUUUGUUGACAAGACCGCGAGCAAUCGGGAUGCUAUGGAUAUGGAAUAUGCUGCCAUUUUUGCCAGCUUUAUGGACGACUUUCUUGCAGAAGUCAAUGUGUCCGUUAACGCAAUGACACAUUACUUGAUUGGCGAUAUCCGGCAGCUUGAUGGGGACCCCGUAUUGCUCCAUGAGCGUCGUGAACAUGCACUUCCGGAUCAUUUCGAGCUUCAAGAUUCUAAGAUUCUGACUGCGCGGACAAGGUUGGUGCAACCCGUCAGCGCCGACGAGCUCAAAGUGGCAGAAGCAGUGUGUUAUGUGUUCAAGCAGACAACCAAUGUGUCAGCCUGGGAAGUUAUCAGGAAAGUCAGUCAGCCUGUGAAGAACAGUAUGUCUCCUACCAAGCACACCGCUAGUGGGACGAGCGCUUCGGCAAACGAGAAAUGCGAUCAGGAGGUAGCACUGCUCACCGGAGGCAAUCCAUGGCCGUAUAGCUUGGACAGCUACGCUCAUCUAUAUUGCUUGGUUUGUUUCAUGUGAGUAUUCCCGAAAAUUACCAGAAGCUGUUCCGCUGACUUGACCACCAGGCAUGAGUGUCCAUUACAUAGUGAGCACCACCUUUCCAAUUAUUUAGUCCUGAAUACGGGCUUAAAUUUCCACACCAAAUCCAACCUGAUUCCACAAUCUACCUUUGCUCGCAUCUCUUGACAUCCUCU